AUACAACGUAGUUUUAUAAUAUUGUUUAUGUGCAUAGGCUUGACAUAGACAGAGGUUUUUAUCACGUGCAUUAGGCUUGCCAUUACUGAAUUGGAAAAACGAUAAAAUUGGUUUGAUAAUAAAAUUCUUCUGAAAUAACAAAAAAUAUAGUCUUGAUUGGGGAAAAUAAAAUAUGAUGAAAUUAAUCAGAUUAGUUCUUAGUAUAACACCCGGGCCUAUCACCAUGGUUACAUUUUCAUUGAUACGGGGCCCGAUGUAAAAUCGCGUGGAGCCUUACGCCAAUUUUCAACGGAUGAGACCAAAAUUGGACGGAAAAACACGUGACGGUCAAUUUCGGAUCGACUAUAUAUUGAUCUGAGGGCAAACGAGGUCGAGUUUGGAAAGAGGCGGAACGAUGGCGUUUGGCGGGAUCGGACGGAAAAUAAACAGAACGUCCGUUUUGACCUUUUGACCCGCGCCGAGGAACGGCGUGUUCGGCGAAGACGGGGAAACGUGCCAGAACCGAGUCUCGUCCGGUUUUUCAAGACUCGAGAAUAUCAGAAGAAAGCCGGCUUCGCAAGUCAGUCAAUAAGAAUCGGCAAAUAUGGCGGCAAACGGCCGACGUGUUUCGUACGGCGACAAGGGAAAUCCAAGAGGCGUUCAAAACGGAAAAAAAAGGACGAGAGAAGCGUGCAAGAUAGAAGAGUCCUAUAACCAGGAUAUCGAGAAAAGAAUUACAGAAGCAUUUGAAGUGUUUGACCAUGCUGGAAAUAAAACUGUCGAUGUUCGUGAAAUAGGGACAAUUUUGCGUUCAUUAGGCUGUGUCCCAAGCGAGGCAGAAAUUCAAGAAUUGAUAGUGAACGUCGAAGAUCAAGAAAAUGCCGGUAGUGUCCACCUUGACAGAUUCCUCCCUUAUGUGAAAGGAAUUAUAAAUGAAUACAAAUUGCAGCCAGCAACAGCAGAAGAUCUGCUUAAGGCAUUUCAUACGCUUGAUCAAGAAGGGCUGGGCUACAUUACCAAAGAAUACAUGACAAAAGCUCUCAUGGAAGGCCGGGAGCCUUUUACCCAAGAAGAAAUUGAUGAAAUGAUGGAUGUUGCAGUCGAUCCUAGAACUGGAACCAUCAACUAUGAAAUGUACAUCAAUCAAAUUAUGAUUGAUUAAGAAGACUUUCUUUUCUGCAUAAAACAACAUGAAAAUAAUGGAUUGUUAGUUGAUAAAUUGCUGUCAUAUCUUACUAUCUCAAAUAAAUAAAAGCCAAGC